UUGUCACUUCUCUGCAACGGUUACACUUUUAAGCGCCAAAUGUCCAACCAGCAAAGUAAAAACAAUGGUCAAAACAUUAGCAAUAAAAGGGCUUUAAACUUGACGGAAGAACAACAUGGGAGUCAAGAGGAGAACCAUGCCAAGCGCCAGUGCACUGAGGGCCUCUUUUGGCCGGACAGCGAUGAUGAAAGCUUCUUUUCAAACGCGAAGCUGGAAGAUUUGCUCAGCGGUCAAAAAGGGGAGCUCUUCGGGACGCAGGCACAGACAAGCAGUAGUACCAGAAACAACAACAAUAUGAUGCAGAGCGCGGUAGCCGACGACGGGCUUUUCGGCGACACUUCCUUCCCCGACACAACACUGAAGCUGGAACACGCGGGAACUCGGACUCCUGCGGACCAGAACAGUCGUAUUGACCUCUCGGGCGAUGCGGACGCCGAUGAAGUGUUUAAGAAAAUCAACCUAAACGACCUGAGCGUUGCCGAAAUGGAGGAUAUAUUCCACGGUGCCGAAGAUUUCAGUGAGCCGUUAAUGCAAAACACGCAACUAUUCCUGGAUGCGGUGGCCUUCAAAGUGCCCCGGUCGCCGGAGAAGCUGCAUCUAUCGUCGGCGAAGGACGACGAGUCCAUGUCCUUUAUUUCCAAGUCCGUCCUCGAGGGCAUAGUGCAGGGCACCCAGUACGAGACAUGUGAAGAGCUAAAAAAUCGCUCCAUACUCGACCCAGUGAACUGGGAGUCGCAAGCCUUUGCGGAUUUCGAGAGGGAUAACCAGGCCAGGGACAACUUCCCCAGCAAGGGCGAAUUCUAUGGCCUUCCAGAUAAGGUCAAGAAGAUGAUAUUAGAGCACAAAGGCAUCAAGAGUUUGUACGAAUGGCAGGACGAAUGCCUGAAUCUACCUGCUAUCAGGCAGCGAAAAAAUCUGAUAUAUGCCCUGCCCACGAGUGGAGGAAAAACCCUGGUGGCCGAGAUUCUCAUGCUGCGCGAGCUGCUUUGUCGCGAACGCAAUGUUUUGUUCAUCCUGCCAUAUGUGUCAAUUGUGCAGGAAAAGGUCAGCGCCAUGUCGCCGUUCGCCAUUGACCUGGACUUCAUUGUGGAGGAGUACACGGCGGGAAAGGGAAAAUGCCCGCCUCAGCCACGCCGCAAGAGGCGCAGCCUGUUUAUUGCUUCCAUUGAAAAGGGAGCUGUUCUCAUGGACAGCCUGAUAGAUGUGCAGCGCCCUCAUGAGAUCGGCUUGGUAGUGGUGGACGAGCUGCAUUUGAUUGGUGAACGGGGACGGGGAGCCACCUUGGAGGCCUUCCUAACCAAGGUGAUGUUUCUAAAUGCCAACAUUCAAAUUGUCGGGAUGAGUGCCACAAUAGGCAAUCUCAGCGAAAUAUCCGCGUUUCUUAAUGCAGACGUCUACACAAGAGGCUUUCGGCCAGUUGAACUGAAGGAGUACAUCAAGUGUGGCUCCGAUUUGUUGGAAAUUAACGCGGCUGGUCAAACGCUGGAAGAGAUCUUCGUACCCAGUCGCAGCGUUAACUAUUCCUACAGCGAAGCUGUGAAGAAAGCGGAUCCUGAUCAUCUGGCUGGCUUAAUCAGCGAAUGCGCCCCGGAACAUUGUUGCUUGGUCUUUUGCCCCAGCCGCAAGAACUGCGAGAAUGUGGCUCUUCUUCUCAGCCGCAUUGUGCCCAAGCAGAAGUUUUUUGAGCAUCGACGCAGCGAGAAAGUCGACCUGAUGGAUGCCCUGGACAAGAUGUGCGGCAUCCUCAGUCCGGUACUGGCUAAGACAUUGCCCUAUGGCAUCGCCUAUCACCACUCUGGCCUAACGACCGAUGAGAGGAAGUACAUCGAGACGGCCUACCGUUUCGGAGUGGUCACUGUCAUUUGCUGCACCUCCACACUGGCGGCGGGAGUUAAUCUGCCGGCCAAGCGGGUGAUCAUUCGAGCCCCAUAUGUGGGCCAAGAGUUCAUGACCCUGUGCAAGUACAAGCAAAUGGUGGGUCGCGCUGGACGCGCUGGACUAGGUGAGGCGGGUGAAAGCAUUCUGAUUGCCCAGAGCAAGGACAACCUGCAGGUCGGACAAAUGCUGUUUUCACCCAUGGACAAGGCGCUAAGUUCGUUGGAUCAGCAAGAAGCGGUGGGACUUCAGUCUCUAAUUCUUAGCGUGAUUGGACUGAACCUGGCGGAAUGUCGUCGGGAUUUGAAUCGUCUGGUGAAUAGCACUCUGUUAUCUGUGCAGGCCAGCGCCCUGGAUGUGGCUGUAGACGAGAUAGUGCUUCGAAUCUUGCGUGAGAUGUUCAAGAACAAAGUUCUGCAGGUGACCGAACCAUUGGGCAAAUCGAAGGUCAACUGCUCGGAGAUCAUAACCACACAGGAUGUGAAUCAAACUACUGCUCGUUCUGGUGGCGAUCGGCGACUACUCAUUGGUCAGUCCACCCGAUUUAAGCUGACCAACAUUGGAAGAGCUGCCUUCAAAGCGGGCAUUGAUUACAAGCGGGCCAGUGCCAUUCACAAAGAGCUGAGGCAGGCGCAACAGCAGCUCAUCCUGACGCACUAUUCCCACCUUCUGUACCUAAUCGUGUGCUUCAACUCCAACGAACGUGGCGAUGAAUUGUUCCCGGCCGAUGCCAGUAUUCUGUUUCAAGUUUACACCUCGCUUCCGACGGAUUCGCAGGCUCUGUUUAAGCAGCUUGGAUUCACUGAAGCCCAUGCAGCUAGGCUGUUCAAGAACCAGUCGGUGCAGGGUCCACUUUCCCUCCAGCUAAACCGCAUGUACAAGGUGCUGAUCCUGUCGGAUAUUCUUGACCUCAUGCCGCUGCCUAAUGUGGCCAGCAAGUACAACGUUGAGCGUGGAACUCUGCAGCACCUGAUCAGCCAAUCAAUUGCCGCCUCCAGCGCCAUUGUCCGCCUGUGCGAGGAGCUGGAGGAGUUUUGGUGCUAUAAGCCCUUGUUCGAGCGUAUUCUUCACAAAAUGGACAGAUGUGGUACCUUAGAAUUGGAGCCGUUGAUGGAACUUCCAGGCGUUAAAAUUAAUCGAGCCAAGCAACUGUACGCAGCUGGAUUCAGAAGCAUUGAGGAUCUUGCCAAGAUAAGACCCAUUCUGUUGGUUCAAUCAGUGGAGCACAUGCCUCUCAGGGUGGCCACAGAAAUUGUCUCUGCAGCUAAGAUAAUUUUAAUGAAAAAACUUGACCAUUUGGAAGAGGAAACGGAGAAUCUAAAGAUCUGCUUACAAUCAUCCAACAAAGAUUAGCCCAGAACAGGCUCUAGUAAAAGUGAAACCAAUUUGGGAAUUUUUAUAGGUAUCUUGGCAAUUUGUUUUUAUUCUGGACUAUGGUAAAAUUAAAGAGGCUUAUACAAAAUAUGAUAC